CUAGGCCAGCGGAGGAAAUCCCAUGGCCGGCAGCUCGAACCAUGAAUCGGAAGGAGUUGGUGCAAGAACUGGAUGCUUUGCAAGACAAGUUCAAGCUUCAACAAAAGUAUGGCAGAUCGGUGCAGCCCGACUCUCGCCUACCAACUGGUCCAGCAGCACUUCGGGCUGCCGAGGAGCACCUGGCCAGCAGAUUGCCAGCCUCACGUGCAGAACGGGCCUUGGAAGAGAUCACUCAUGGCCAAGCCAUGUGGCAAAAGUUCCAGGAGCAAGCAGAAGCUGACGAGAAGAGCAAGGAGCUUCACGGCCCCAAUGGCAUUGCUCAGCGGAAGGAUGGCUUGGACAUGUCCUUCCAACAGCUGAUGAGUGAUGCUUCCCGUAUGCGGUCUCAGCUGAACGAGAUUGGCCUUCAACUGGGCCGCGGGGGCCGGGACAAAGCGCUGGAGCAUUUGAAGCAGAACGCAGUGCCACGCGAUUUGCAGGAUGAGUUCCGGGAACAGCAAAAGGUUCUACUGGAACAAAAGCGGCUGCUGGAACAGCUUCGUCACGAACGACAAGUGGCUGCUGGGGACCAGUACUGGCUACAUCGAAAGAACAGGCUUGACCACGAAGACAAUAUAGUUGGCAAAGAAGGAGUUGAUCCAGCAGUCCCUCCUGAAGAGCUGUUGGAGGCUCACCAAAGAAUGCGAGCUAAUCCGGAAGGCGAACGAAUCUAUGGCUGGAGUGAUCCCCAAGUAGCCGUUCCACCGCAAGACGGUUAUGUUUGUGCGGAGAUCUUGCAAGUCUCAAGAAGGCAACAGCCCGGAACCGUGGCAGAGCUUUGCAUUAUCGACAAGGCUGGAGUCACCUUGGCACGCAGCACCGCUGAUUUCCCUGACGAAGUUGGUGAGCGCUGCGUGAUGACAGUAACGAUUCCAGAAGCCAUUGCCGCAGGAAAUGCCACUGCCGAAGUCUCCAUUCUGGGCCCGAAUUGGCAGAACAGCUUGAGACUCCCUCUGUCAGAUCUCAGUAGCUGUGUGCAACUGCAAGACUACCAGAUGGAGGGGGAGAAGCCGUUGAACGUCAGAAUGAGCCUUGUGUGUGUAAGACCUCAAAAUGAUCAAGGGCAUCGUCUUCAAGCCUCUCGAGUUGUCGACAACCCUUCAGUUUGUCCUCAUUCUGACUUGCCGGGCUCUUAUCCAGAACUUCCUCCCUCGGAUGCCUUUCGCCGGUCUCAAAAAGCGCAGUGGCAGGAACAAGGCUGUCCGGACUACAUUCAUGGAGUGGAUUUAUCCUACAAUCUGGCGACUGAAAACGAACGCCGUGCAAGAGCUGUGGCUAUGCGAAAACGAGCUCCUAUCAGGGCACAAGAAGAGAUAGCAACGACACCAACGUUUGAGGCUGAGGACAUUCCUGGAUCAACGGAGGAGCCACCGGUCAGAGGUGGAUUUUUUUCUGGAUGGGAAGAGCCCAGUGAUUUUCGGUCAAGGGCGCAGGGAAGCUCUUCACAGUCAUCCAGAUGGGACAGAGAUGACCUGUCCGAGUUGGGUUCGCGGAAUGAUCCCUCGCGCUCCUCGCAUGGAUUUGCUGAAAGGGGUGUCCGAAGAGGCCCUGAGGCAGAUGUCAGCCUGACACCACGCAAAGCCAACGUGUCAAGCCAUGGCUUUGCAAAGCGUGGUCCUGUGGAGGACUACCAGCUGAGUCAAGCACGAGGAGGACUUCGUCUGGAUGCCGUUGAUAUUUAUCAGGGUCCUUAUCAAGAGGUGGUGACUUCCCCGGCCUUCGGUGCUCCAAAUGAGAGCCAGCAAAUGACAAGGCAAGAUGACUCGGCCGAGCACAGUCGUUCGCCUCGCACGAAGAUCAAGAAAAAGGUUGCGAGGCCAUAUGUGCAAAGUGAAGAGGCAAAUCCCCGAAACAUGGAAACCGCAGUCGCUUCAACCUGGACUUUGCCAGACUUCCCAGCCUUCGCUGCAUUCGCUGGGUUUGGCACGCAACAGGAGCCUCAGGAAGAGGAGAUUCCAGCAGCCCAACCAGAGUCUGAGCCAAGUUUCUUGACAGCCUUGACGAUGCCCUUUGCAGCCUUUGCAGGCUUCGGAGAGGAGGCGCAGGCGAAGCCGCCAGCGCCAAAGCCGCCGCCUCCAAAGAAAGUCCCACAGAAGCCGGUGAAGCCGAAGGAAUCUGCCAAGGCAAAGGCAGCCAGAGCCGCCAAGGAGGAGCUCAAGUCAAUGACCCAGGUGGGUUGGCAGCCAUGGGCCAUGUAUGCGGCUGAUGAGGAGCCAAUUGAGAACCAGGACAGCGUUGUUUUGCCGCUGCGUCCGCCGCACAGCGCGAGAAAUCUCAACCAGCUCUAUGGCAAAUUGCUGCACAGGCAAAGAGAUGGCAAGCUGGGACACCGCAAUGUGGGGCAGGACGUUCUGGAAUUUGCAGCUCGAGUUGCAAAAUUGGAGACGCUUGCGCCAAACUUGCAGCAGCACGAGGAGGAAGAAGUGAAUGGAGCAAACAAGAUGAUGACAGCUUAUGCUGCAUUGCUGUUAGACUCCCUCCAGCAGUACAAAGACAGUUCGGUCUUGGGACUGUGGAUCGUGGAGGCAUUGACCACGCUGUUUCAUGCUGGAGGGGCAGACCAGCAAGCAGAGUUUUCGGUGCCCUUCUUCCAUGCAUUCGUUGAUGUCGGACUGACAUUUCAGAGCGACGACCUACCAAACCUGCACAUGAGAGUCCUACAAGGCCUUGCAGAAGUUGCUAGUCCAGACUGCAGACUCUGCGAUCCAGGCUUGCUGGACUAUGUCUUGGAUCAGUUGGAUCAGAACCGGAACAAGCUGAAUACCUUGACUACAGAGCAUGCCUUAGCGGUUCUUUGUAUGCUGCGCUCUCCGAACCGCGUCAAUGAGCAGCUGCGGCACUGCCUACUGGUCUUGCGGGGCUUGAAGUCUGAAGAACAUCUUUGCACCCGUGCCAUGGUGACGGCGGCAGAGCUCUACACGGUUGUGGAUAGGCUAGUAGCCAAGGAGCGGCAGAGCAGGGAACAAGGCAACUUCUAUUCCAGCACCUUCGAUGACGCGGCGCAAAGUGCUUUCCUUGCUGAGCGCGGCAUUCCUCAAUCUGGCGUAGAUGUCCGUUUGGUCGCCACCGUCACUAACCAUAAAGUUGAGGGUUGUACUAUGUUGUACUAUGUUGUACUAUGUUAUACUUCAGACAGAUUAAACAGCAUGGGGUUGUCUACUUGGAGGAAGGUUAUAGUUAGUUAUAUUUAG